GCGCUUUGCGUUCGAUCGAUCGCUGCCAUGCCCAGGCCCAUUUAUGCUGCGCUACUGCAAUUGCAAACAUGAACCCGAAUCAAGACGCUUUACAGAGGAUCAAUUUUCUCUAUCAGGCAGCCCACUGUAUGCUCCUGCAGAAUCCAGAGAACACCACGCUGGCCAGAUUCUACAUCACAACAAUGAAGAACGUAGCCAAGAAAGCUGUGCUGCGAAUACAUCCCAACAUCAAGAGAACUGUCUGCAAGCGAUGUGACCUACUGCUUGUGCCAGGCCUGACCUCCAAGGUCAGGGUCAGAGGCAAACGUCAGAAACACGUUGUGGUGACCUGUCUGGAAUGUGGAGGGGUGAAACGCUUCCUCAGCAACAACAACUACAAGUUGUGGGUGGAGAAACCAGAGUGUACCCAGAAUCCUGUUGUUGGUAAAACGGAUCCUACUAGAAGUGAAAGCAACAAAACAUGAGAUCAUUGGUUAGGAAAGAUGACUGUCUGCUCGACCACUUCAGUCUCUGCUUUUUUUACUGCCGAUGAUGUGCAUGUCGUGUCGGUAGAGGAGUGUGCCGCCAUCUUGGCACUGGAUGGAAAAAACUUCAGCUGGCAAACUGAUCGUGAGGCAUAAGGACUUGUUUGAUGGACUGAGAAAAUGGCUGUACGUGGGAUUGCAGGAGAGGGACUUAGAAACAGAUCACAGCUGAAAAUGUUGGCCUAGCGAGUUGAAAGCAGCAUUUGUCUGCGGACAGAAGCAAACAUGCAGAAUGCCGUGCAGUUAAGAUGUUACUGCAAACGUGAGAUGUGAUACGCCUGCUUGAAAUGACUGCAAAUUUUUUAAUAGCGAUUGUUUCCAGAAGGUUCCUAUAAAUUCAGGAAGUGGUCAAUGUUUAUGACACUAAUUUGUUAAGAAGCUGGUGUCUCUCACACCAUAAAACUUGUACAUUACAUUGCCAUAACAUGGUCGUUAUCAAUCACGAACUCUAACAUGCAGAAAACCAUACUGCCCUACAAACACCAUCAGAAGGUAGCAGCUAUUAUGUGACUGUGCAUUCAAAAUGGGCGGAACGUUUGGCAGGUUGUGGUUUAUUACAACUGAUAUAAAUCAUCCUAUUCAACGUUCCCCAUCCUCUUUGACAUUACAUUUAUGAUGGACCCUGUUAGCAAGGCCAGCUCACAUCUCCUGAGGACGGCCAGAGCAUCCUGGCUGAAACGUGGAGUUAAUACUCACUGGUUCUUCUCAGGACCACGCCUCUUCUGAAGAGAUAAUUUCCAUGGUGUACCCACAAACCUACAGCUCGGAUCACAUCCAGUUACUGCAUCUGUGAUGUUACCAGCAUUUUUUUAAACGGACGCAGAUUUGGAUGAAAAUGUGACAUUUGGAAUUGGGAUGUGGUUUUCAAAUGUUAAACUAUAAGAAAUGACGUUAUCCCCUUUGAAUGCAAACUCACAAGACACCUGUUUACGGAGCAAAUAGAUUUCCAAUUUCAUCUCAUGCUUUGGUCAAAGAAUGCAAUUCCUACCCAAUCCACACUAACAGUUCUUUUCAAAAGAAACACACAGCAACCCAAAACCAACGUCUUCACUCAAUUUGUACAAAACUGGUCACUCAAACCAGAAUUUAUUCCCCACAAUUAACAUUUUACAGAGCCAACUCUCAGAGCCAACUCUGAAAUCAUUUUGUGACACAGGAGACCAAGGUUUUUCUUCCUGUGUGGUCCUCGCUGUGGUGGAUUUUUGUUAAAAUAUAAUACAGCUCCGUCACAGCAAAGCAUAUCUCUGGUAUGUAGUGAUGGAUGUUAUAGGUCCACAAACCUGUGGGGAACGUGUAAUCAAUGUUACACUGGUCCCCCCCCUCCCGAAGUCCAUGAUGAAGGAAUCUGAAACCAGUCACUCGCUGUGCAUUUGUCUGUGCCAAAUAAACGCUGAUCCACUAACUGUGGUCAGCAUUGA